AUGCGUGGCUUCAUAGUAGCGUCGAUCUUGUGGGUUGGAUUCGUGUCCGCCUACCCGCAGCAGGCGGUUGAUCCUGCGUACCUUCGCCAGUACUAUCAGCAGAUUGCGCAGGCUGCCGGAGCACAGAAUGCGGCUCAGGGACGUGCCGAUGCCACGCCAAUCUACGAGCAGGGUGCCCAGGAGCAGCAGCACAUCCCACAGUAUCUGCCACAGGCGCAACAGGCUCAGCGACCCCAGUACCAGCAGCCUCAGGCCAGACAGUACCAGGCUCAGCCUCAAUACCAGCCGCAACAGAUCCAGUACGUCCAAGAGCAGCAGUACCAGCAGCCGCAGCCGCAGCUGAAGGUGUCCAAACCACGGCCCCAGCAGUUCCACCAGGGAGGUCAAAGACAGCAGGAGGAAGAAGACAAGGAGGACUAUGAUCCAAAUCCUUCGUACCAGUUCGGUUUCGACGUAAAGGAUGACGAGUUCACCAACUACCAGAACCGCAAGGAAACGCGCGACGGAAACGUAAUCAAGGGCAGCUACUCGGUCGUCGACUCCGAUGGCUUCAUCCGAACCGUCACCUACACCGCCGACCCGAAGGAGGGCUUUAAGGCCGAGGUCAGCCGCCAGCCGACGGACAUCGUGGUCAAGAUCCCGACGCCGGCCCCUCAGUCAGCGCACGAGCGCUUCGCUAGCCAGCCCCAGUCGAGCGGCGCGUACCGCGUCCAGCAGGCUCCCCAACAGCAGCAGGCCCAGCCGCGCCCGAGACCGCAGGAGUACUCGCAGUACCAGUAA